AUGCCUCCCAAGCAGGAUUUGAACCGCUCAGGAUGGGAGUCUACCGACAUGCCCUCGGCUUGCGAAAAGUGUCUCGGCGACAAUCCAUAUGUCCAGGUCUUGAAAGAAGAUUAUGGUGCUGAAUGCAAAAUCUGCACCCGCCCUUUUACAGUAUUCCGCUGGAAGACCGACCGCACCGCCCGUCAAAAGCGAACGAACCUCUGCCUAACAUGCGCAAGACUGAAGAAUUGCUGUCAGUGCUGUAUGCUCGAUCUGAGCUUUGGACUUCCUAUCGUUGUGCGUGAUGCCGCUUUGAAGAUGAUCACACCUGGACCGAACAGUGAGAUCAACAGAGAAUACUACGCUCAAAAUCACGAGAAAGAGAUCGAGGAAGGAAGAGGAGCUGUUGAGGCAUACGACAAGACGGAUGAAAAGGCUAGGGAUUUGCUGCGCAGACUUGCCCAGAGUGAGCCACACUACAAGAAGCAGAGAAGAUUGGAAGAGGAGGGUGCUGCGUCAGGUUCAGGACAAAAGAUGCUCGAAGGACCAUCAUCAGAAGCCGCCAGACCUGGACCCAUUCGCACAAAGGAUUCGAGACCAGCAGGAUAUGGACCUCCAUCACGCCCUGUCAAGGGAGCAUCAAGAGCACGCCCAUUUCCCAACACAGCAGCUCUGCCACCGCAACCGCAAGACAUUCUACCUCCGGCUGCCAAGCACGUCAUGUCACUUUUCGUCACUGGUGUUGAGGACGACCUCCCUGAGCACGAGAUCCGCGUUUUCUUCUCACAAUUUGGAGCUCUUCGUUCGCUCAUUUGCUCGCACCGAUCACAUUGCGCAUUCGUCAAUUAUAUGACCAGAGACACAGCCGAGGCAGCAGCCGCUGCAUGUCAAGGAAGAGCUGUGGUUAAGGGUGUGCCACUCAGGGUGCAAUGGGGCAGGCCUAAGACGCUGGAUAACAUGGACAGAGACGCUCGUAUGGCAAAUGCAAGAGCUGGAAGGGAGACAAGCGCAGCCGUCAAAGCAGCUUCGUCUACCAGACCGGCAAUCGCUGCCGGACCUUCAUCCUCCGCAGCUGGACCAUCUGCCAAUACGGACAAUUAUGACCUGGUCGCACCUCCACCUGGAUCCGAGGAUGUGCAAUACGCAAGUUUGGCAGGCGAGUAG